UUAAUGUUUCUGUGAGCGUGCACCCUCUUUUUAGUGUGGUAGUUGGAAGACAGCGCAAGGUGUAUCUGUACUCUGAAAUGCAGUAAUUUGUAUGUGAAUGCAUCUUCCUUCUUGCAGGAGAGGAUUCUAACUCGGUGUCAAAGCCAAGAUACAGACUCAACCGCUUCUCUUCUAAAAGCUUCUCCUUACAACAUGGAAGCCGUCGCCAAGUUUGAUUUCACCGCCUCAGGCGAGGAUGAGCUGAGCUUUCACACUGGAGAUACUCUGAAGAUCUUAAGUAACCAAGAGGAGUGGCUCAAGGCAGAGCUUGGGAGCCAAGAAGGAUACGUGCCCAAGAAUUUUAUAGACAUCCAGUUUCCUGAAUGGUUUCACGAAGGCCUCUCGCGACACCAGGCAGAGAACUUACUCAUGGCCAAGGAGGUUGGUUUCUUCAUCAUCCGGGCCAGCCAGAGCUCCCCAGGGGACUUCUCCAUAUCCGUCAGGCACGAGGGUGAUGUUCAGCACUUCAAGGUCAUGAGAGACAACAAGGGUAACUACUUCCUGUGGACAGAGAAGUUUCCAUCCCUCAACAAGCUGGUGGACUACUACAGGACAACUUCUAUCUCCAAACAGAAGCAGAUCUUCCUGAGGGAUAGGACACGAGAGGACCAGGGUCGCCGGGGCAACAGCCUGGACCGAUGGCCCCAGGGAGGCCCACAUAUCAGUGGGGCUGUGGGAGAAGAAACCCGGCCUGCGAUGAACCGGAAGCUGUCGGAUCACCCACCGCCCCCUCCAUCGCAGUAUCACCCGGCCCCACCACCGGCGCAGCAACGGUACCUGCAGCAUCACCACUUUCACCAGGAGCGCCGUGGAGGCAGCCUUGACAUAAACGACGGACACUGUGGCAUGGGCAUGGGCAUGGGCAGCGAAAUGAAUGCCACCCUCAUGCACCGGAGACACACAGACCCAGUGCAACUCCAGGUGGCCGGGCGAGUGCGGUGGGCCCAGGCACUGUACGACUUCGAGGCCCUGGAGGAUGACGAGCUGGGAUUCCGCUCCGGAGAGGUGGUCGAGGUCCUAGACAGCUCCAACCCGUCCUGGUGGACGGGCCGCCUGCACAACAAGCUGGGCCUCUUCCCUGCCAACUACGUGGCGCCCAUGAUCCGGUGAAGCCCUUCUCUGGGGUCGGAGGCUUGUGUCUGAGCUGCCUGCAGAGGGAGCAAGGAGGAAAGGCUGGAACUGCAUACACGCGUGCGCACAUACACACACAUAUAUGCCUAUGGGCACACACAUUUAUAAUAGUAAUUUAUUGGCAGUUUAGUUGGUUAAUUAAUUGAUAUGAAAGGAACUCAAGCGGAAGCUUAUAUUCAUACUUGUUUUUC